AUGACAGAAAGUUUCAGAACACGUGCAACAAACUACAUUAAAGAUAAAGCGCGGAGUGCCUUGAAUUCUAGUAAUAAACAAGACAAAGAUUUCUCAAAUGAAGCUGCAGAAACUCAGAUUCCUAUCUUUACAUCGCAUCAUGGUGAAAAUGGUGCUGCUGAAGUUGUACAGGAUUUAGUUGCUGAAGCUUUAAACGACAUGGAACAGAAAUGCAUCUUGUUACCUACAUAUGCUUUUCGAGACCAAGCCAAUCCUAAUGAAUGGACAGUACGCGUACGAGGUUGGGCAUACGCGACACGAAAGAAAAGUCGCAAAAGAAAAUUAAUGAUGGGGGUUGCGCGACGCAUAAUGGUCAAAGAUGAACAACAAGGCAAAUAUUUAGAAGAUCGAUUUGGAAUGUUUCUAACUAAAAAUGUUCGUAAUCAAAGGUAUAGAGUAAAAAUAAUCGGACUCGCUCAUCCCUCUCACAUGAAACUUGAAGGUGAUCCGGAUUCGGAUGAUAAAUCAGAUAAUGGAAGUAAUGCCGAAACAGAUGAUGAAACAUUAAUAGAGAGUGAAUCGGGAGACGAGAGUGGCGAAAAUAGUAUCUGUGAAGAAGAAAUUGAAACUGAUUCAGGAAUAGCUCACGUAACAACUGAUACAGGACAUUUUGAGGGUAAACUUACUAUUUCUAAUGAAAUUGUAGAUAGAUGGAUAUCGAAUGCCAAUGAGGAAGAUGAUGGUUUUGGAAAUCAUAUGAGAUUAUUCAGAUUAGAGGCGAAACGUUGUGGAAUUAGACGUGCCGCGCCAGUUUUAGGUUAUGCAGAUUUAAUUGACACAGAAGGAAUAUCAAUAAUAUCGGAUAUUGAUGAUACGAUCAAAGAUACAGAUGUAGUUGGUGGCGCAAAGACGAUUAUUGUGAAUACAUUUUUAAAAGACUGUAAGGAAGUUCCUGGCAUGGCGGCGCGUUAUUUAGAAUGGUAUCGUAGAGGAGCGUCCAUUCACUAUGUCUCCAACUCACCCUGGCAAUUAUUUCCAAUGCUUAAAUCGUUUUUCAAUACGUGGUCCUUUCCGCCUGGAUCAGCUCAUUUGAAAUUCUACAAUAAUAUUAAAAGUAUAACAGAAACUAACGGGGAAAAUAAAAAGGCAGCUAUUCGCCAAAUUUUGCAGGAUUUUCCCAAAAGAAAGUUUAUCCUUGUUGGUGAUAGCGGUGAGAUAGAUAUGGAGAUUUACGCAUCGAUUGUUAAAGAAUUCAGCCCAAAAGAACAAAUAAUACACGUUUUUAUUCGAGAUGUCACCACUAAACUUGUAGAAAACCAACCGGCGAGACGUGCACGUUCUUUACCAUUUAUCCCAAAAAGAACUUCAUCGGCAAAUUCGUUCCGUACCUCAAAAACCAUGCCCAAUUUAAACAUGUCUUCGUUAGAUAAACAUAAUGAGGAUGAUUAUGAGCAAACGAUAUCCCCCGAUUCUGAAAAUUCAUCACAAACAUCAGCUCACGAAACUGCGGAAUGCGAACCUCAGACACCAUUAGAGAUAUUUCAAGAACGCGUGCAAAAGAUUCAAGAGUCCAUUGAAGCUGAAGGAACUGGGUUUACUUUGUUUACGGAAGGAGAUGAAUUGAUAGGUCAUGCGAAAGUCGAGCAAGCAUUUGAAGAAUUAGAAGAGCGUCGUUUUAGUUUCUGA